GUCUGAGCUGAUCGCACAACUACCAAUAUAACACAGACUUCACUCCGCAGACCAGAAGGAAAGUAAAACUCAGAGUCUCCUUUUAAUUACCGGGCUCACGUUAAGUCAGGUCAUUCUGCCUCAUGCGACACCAUGGGGAAGAUCUACCAGGUCAUAGUGAUCGGGUUGAACGGAGAACACAUGACCAUCGACCUGUGUGACACUGAAGAACAGAUGAAGGCGAUGACCGUGCUGCAGCUCAAGGAGAAGAUAGGCGAGCGUCUUCCAGGGAACGGCAUGGACAACAUCCGCCUGAUCUUCGCAACCAAUGUGCUGGUGGACGACGAGAUGACCCUUGGGUCUUAUGGAGUUCAACACAAGUCUGUGAUCCACAUGGUGAUCAGAAAAACUGAUGCCUCGAUCAGGCGGAGUCGGUGGCUCAGAGCGACGUCGCAGUUUGCUGGAUCAGGUGUAGAAAGUGAAACCAGAAGGAACAGACAGUUCUGCGAUCCGCCAAGCUCAAGGUACUCCUUUAUGAGACAGAGAGUAAGAGGCCACGGUAAAGAACCCAACAAAAUGAGCGUGGAAAAGGCUUAUGAUCCGUCGGACCCGUCAUUCAAAUUCGUCGACAGACCGGACGUGAUCGACCCAUAUCAGGACGAGUCUUGCAGAGCAGAGAUGUCGUGCGGUCACGCGGUCACGCCAGGAUCUCUGACAGGAUGGUGCCGCAGUUUGCUCAGCAAGGGGCAGUCCAAAUUUACUUGCCCAGCCGUUCAGCCAGAUGGCGAAAUGUGUGGCGCCGAAUGGUCUUAUCAAGAGGUCCGUCGCUUUGCUCUGUUGACCGUUGAGGAGAUGGACCAUUUUGAGAAAGAACUUGCCCGUAUAGUUGUUGCCAAAUUCAAAGCAUGCCCUGGCUGUAAAACCUACGUGGAACGACAGGCCUUAGACAAUCUCUGUUUCCGCUGCACUAUCUGUGAGGAAAGCAGUAAGCCCACCCACUAUUUCUGCUGGCAGUGUCUGAGGCCCUGGAAGGGGAGGGGGCCGCGCAGCGACCGCUGUGACAACGACGACUGCUCAGACAAGGUGCUGGAUCUGCUGAAAAGCUGUGACCCCAUGACGCUGGAGGACGUGCCGGGGGUGGGGCCCUGCCCUUCCAUCCGGGCCUGCCCCAACUGUGGCAUGAAGGUGGAGCACAACCAGAAAGCCUGCAAGAACAUCGUGUGCCCACGCUGCAAGGUGGAGUUCUGCUUCGUGUGUCUGAAGCUCAAGACAAAGUGCUGUGAGACCAGCAACAGCUAUACAGCGUGCAGCAGCGGCGUCGCACCGAGGCAGACCGCUAUUCCCACAUGGAACUCAUGAACAAGCUGCAUGUUUAGAGUGACUCCCAUCAAAUGUUCAAAUGUGCACGCCUUUGAUUACAAUUUUUGUCAAUGUUCUUUGGCUGUAGCUUACUGCACUUGAAUAAAUGUCUUUAAAUUGAAAAUACUACUGUGCAGCUAUGCAUUACAUAUUAGGGUUAACCUUUGAAUAAUCCACAAUACAAACUUUUGUUUUGGUUCGGGAGUUAAGCAUUAGGCCUCUUUAUAAAUCUCUGUAUAAUGGCUUUUAAUAAAGUACUCAUUUU